AAAUAAAAUGAAAAUAGGGAUGCUGAAAGGAAAGAAAUGAAAGAGAAGUGAGUGGGAAGGGGCAAUUUGGUGAAAACAAGGGCAAUCCGAUUCAGAAGGGUUCUUUUCUUUUCUUUUUCUUCUGUGAUUCUGUUGCGUUGUGUGCUACACCUUCAGUAUCACAUCCACAAGCACAAGCAGAAUCCCGUUAGAAACAGUUUUUGUGUUUUUAUUAAAAGAAAGAAAGUUUUUGAAUUGAAAAAGAAAGGAUGGCUCGGAGAGCGGAGGAAGAGUACGAUUACCUGUUCAAGGUGGUACUGAUCGGGGAUUCGGGCGUUGGAAAAUCGAAUCUUCUGUCCCGAUUCACUCGCAACGAGUUUUGCCUAGAGUCCAAGUCCACCAUUGGCGUCGAAUUCGCCACCCGUACCCUUCAGGUUGAGGGAAGAACCGUGAAAGCUCAAAUAUGGGAUACGGCUGGACAGGAACGAUAUAGAGCAAUUACCAGUGCCUACUACAGGGGUGCCCUUGGAGCUCUUCUAGUUUAUGAUGUCACAAAACCAACUACAUUUGAAAAUGUUAGCCGAUGGCUAAAGGAGCUAAGGGAUCAUGCAGAUGCUAACAUUGUGAUCAUGUUGAUUGGGAACAAAACUGAUCUGAAGCAUCUCCGAGCUGUUGCCACCGAGGAUGCCCAGAGUUAUGCUGAGAAAGAAGGCCUUUCUUUCAUUGAGACAUCUGCUCUUGAAGCAACAAAUGUUGAGAAGGCCUUCCAGACAAUUCUUGCAGAGAUAUACCGCAUAAUCAGUAAGAAAUCACUCUCUUCCAAUGAACCUUCAUCUGCCAAUAUUAAAGAAGGAAAGACUAUCACAGUUGGGGGACCCGAACCAAAUACAAAGAAGCCUUGCUGUACAUCUUGAAACGGGUUAAUAAUAGUCGUAGUUUGUUUUCAUUCUCUUACUCCCUCAGUUUCAGGAUCGCCCUGUGGGUCAUUGUUUUGCUUGUUUUCUUUAUCAUUCUCUUUUUAACUUUAUUUUGUAUGUUAUCAGAAUAUUUAUAAUGAUUUCUUAUGGUUGUGCGUGGUGAUUAAUGAGUAUUAUCCCCGUUUUCAAUUG